GCCUCUACUGCUCCUCUCACUGGCACUACUGUCAGAGUGAGACUGGAACUGCUGGAGACUGGAACAGCCUCUCUCUACAAAUCCUCUGAUGUCAGACAGCCUGCAACAGAUAUUUAUGGAACGAACAACCUAAAAGCUUCUCCAGGACCCCUGCUGCUCAUCUCAGGGCCUGUGCCCUGAGAUGAGCAGGCUCUCACCACGGGGAGUGGGACAGAGGGGUCCCAUCGGGGAGAAGGAUUGCAACAGAGUGGCGCCCGGCCAGGGGCUGAACAAGCCCACGUUAAAGGCUUAUCAGAGCCAGGGUGAGCCGUUCUUUGGAGACUUUGGAUGCAGUUUAAAAAAUACAGCAAAAAAAGUUUCCAAAAAGGAGUCGAAAAUCCUCCAGCACCAGAGGACCAAUUCCAGGUCAACAAGUAUCUUUCCACCACCAGAAAACGACAGAAAAAGGUAAGAUUGAACUCCAACACCGGGCUGGGAGGGGUGGAGAGUGAAACAGGCCCCAGGGGGAGACUGUGUUCUGUGUAACUCCUUCCCAGUGGCAUCAGCCCCGAGUGUGUGGGGAAACCCCCAGCCGUGGGCAGAGACGGGGUGGGGGGGGGAGAUGGAAUUCUUCCUGCUGCCUGUAGAGUGUGAGUUUAAUUGUAAUCCUUUUGGUGCAACUUUGUUUUCUGUGGUAGGGAAAAUAGACAGAUUGUGUGCAAGAGCUGCUGUGACCUCCAAAAUGGGAUCCCGGCUAUGCACGCAAGAACGGAGUCAUAUGCAAAAAAUACAGAAUUUUUUAAAAACCACAAACAUAAAAAUUUCAAAACAUAAGAUAAAACAGUUUGUAUCAUAUUUGACUCAGCAAAGUGAACAGAUCGAAUUGUUGAAAUUAGAUUCAGUAACUGUCUGGGAUGAAAUUGGAAAUUUAUUAACCUUAAAAAUAGAAGGAGAAGACAAAUCAGCCCUGAAAUUCCUCCCAGUUUUUCUUUUAAUUCGAAAAGAAUUAGUUAACAGAGAAAUAAAAACGGAAGACAAACAAACACCGCAGUAUCCACCUAACUUUCCUAACUUUUUCCCCAAAACCUCUGUUCCCCCAAUGAAAAAGAUACCCAAAAAAACAAUACAAGUUCUAAUCCAGUGUGUCUGUUUCAGUCAUCCAGUCCUGCCUCACAAGCCAUCAAGGCUCCCUCCCUAUACCCCUGCAGUGUUAAAGAAAAUGUAUCUUCCUAUGCCCACAUGGCUGAGAGCCAAGAUGGCACUGGCCACGUGUUUCCCGGCCACAUGGUGAAUCCCCCUGUGUAUUCCCUUUCUCCUACCCAUAGUUCCUCCCACCCACCGGUUCCCGCCCCCAACCCUUAUCACAACCCCUUUGUUUCUCCUGACAUUCCACCCUGCACCACCCCCCAGCCCUGCUUGACCCCACCCUAUGGCCCUGUCCCCCGAGGCUGUAACUCUAUCCCCUAUCCCUCCGGCCCCUGUCCCACGGUGAGGAGGGGCGGGGAGGGAGAGAGUUAUACCCCUUGCUCCUGUAGAGGGGCAGGGGGAGGGGUGUCCCGGCCCUGCCCCCCGAUGGGGGGAUGCCAGCCUACCGGGCCUGGAGUGAGGGGGCACCCGGGCUCCUGUGGGGGUGGGGCUGGGUCUCUCCACACGCCUGGUGAGGGAAUGGAGCCCCCGGGACCCGGCAUGGGGGGAUGUGGACCCCCAGAGCCCGGCAUGAGGGGGGGGUGGAGCCCCGGGGCCUGGCGUGCAGGGGGCAGCCCCCUGCCCAGCUCCUGUGGGGCUGGGUCUCUCCACAGGCCCGAUGAGGGAAUGGGACCCCCGGGACUCGGCGUGAGGGGGGGCCACCCCCUGCCCGGCUCCUGUGGGGGAACAGGCACCCCGGAGCCCAGCAAGGGGGGGUGUGGACCCCCAGGACCCGGCAUGGGGGUGGGUGGCUCCCCCCCCGGCUCCUGCAGGGGAGGAGCUGUGUCUCUCCACAGGUGUGGGGAAGGAACGAGACCCCGGAGCCCAGCAGGGGCGGACAAAGAAGCCCAGGGAAUGCCAGCCCUGGAGAAGAAGUUAUGUUAACAGCGGCUCCUGUUGUAUACAAUAACAGCAGAGGAGCAAUGCGAUUACAACAUCAGCCUUUCAGUUACCAAGUAAUCAAAGAUAUUUGUAAAAUUAAAAAUUAUUUUGGUCGUGAUAGUGAAGUCUUACGGGGAAUAAUAAGAACUACAUUGAAAUCACAGGAUUUAAUUCCUGCAGAUAUUAAAGAUUUAUUUCGGUGUUUGCUAACUCCCUCUGAAUAUGAUCUUUGGGAAAGCUUAUGGAAAAGAUCGUUAACAAAACUCCUAGCUGAACUCAAACAAAGUAAUCAAAAUGCACAUGAUACAGAGUACAAUGAAAUCACUUUAGAACAUUUAUGUGGGGAGGGAAAUUGGAUUAAUCCUGCUGAUCAAGUGAAAAUAUUAACAAAGUUUGUUGCAGAUAAAGUUUGUGAUGUGGCUGAAAACAUUUUCAACCAAUUACCAACAGUUGAUAUUCAAGUCAGUUAUGUUAUUAUUAACCAACUGCCAUGUGAGAGUUUCUUACAGUUUGUAGAUCGUCUGAGACUACAGAUACAGAGACAAGUUACGGAACCAGUGGCCCAGAUGGAACUGCUUAAAGAAAUGGCCCAAAGAAAUGCCAACGAGGCUUGUCGUAGCGUAAUUCUGAGUCUUCCUAUUAAUCCUCCACCCACCAUAGCAGAUAUGAUUGAAGCGUGUGCCCAGAAAGCAGACUUGUACAGUGUACACGACAAGACCAGACAACCCAAGGACAGUAGCAGCAGUGACACCAGGAAUGAACAAGCCACAGAUGUCACCAGGACAGCUGCAGCACAUCGUUUGUUUCCAGUGCAAGAGGCCAGGACAUUUUGCAAGGAACUGUCCUCAGACCCAGCAACAAGGGAAAAAGCAGAAAAAAGACUCUGUUUUAAUGGGAAAAGGGGAGGAAAGGGAGCGGGGUGGGAGACCCCGCAAAAAUAUGAUUGUGAGGAAUGUUUGCCUAAUAAGGUCUGGCAACCGCAAAAGCGAUUCAGACUUGUAACUUCUAAAGCUUUUUGCUUCAGAUCUGACCGCUGGGCUGUCAUGGGAGUAGAUUUGCAGGAUAAUUCACAAGACCUGGCUGGAUUGGAUAGUUGGUAUUUUGUUAUUGGAGACACAGCACACACACCAAUAGAGAUUGAGGUGGCUCCCAUGACAAUCACGGGAGACCUAACACACCUCAUUCUCUUAGCUAGGUGCCCCCAACCACCUUUCUAUAUAGAUAAAGGGCAAGUAAUAGCCCAGGUAAUCCCUGUUCCAACAGAAGUCCCAGUAGAUGACAAAGCACCGGGAGUUUACUGGGCAGAAGUAGUGAGUGAAAACAAGCCCAUUAUGGGAUGCAAUUUAACACAUAAAUCAGAACAUCUCAAUGUAGAAGGGUUGACACUGGGGCAGAUGUGACCAUCAUACUGGAAAAGGUGUGGCCCUCACAUUGGCAACUACAACCAGUGGCAGGGAAAAUACAGGGUGUUGGAGGGAUGAAACUGGCAAAAAUUGCUAAAGAUAUCGUCCAGAUAGAAGGUCCGAACAGUAGGAUAGCUAGUGUCCGACCUUUUGUUAUUGACUACAAGUGCCCCUUGUUGGGGAGAGAUACCAUGUCGCAGUGGGGGGUAAAACUAUUCCUGAGACACCUCAGGAUUUUUGAGUCCAAAAUUAUCUUGGCUAGAUAAUGAUCCAAUUUGGGUGAACCAGUGGCCUCUCAGCAAACAAAAACUUGGGGUUCUAGAGAAAUUAGUGGAAGAAGAAUUGGCUAAAGGACACAUAGUAGAAACAACCAGCCCUUGGAAUUCCCCGGUGUUUGUAAUAAAAAAGCCAGGGAAAGAUAAAUGGCGUGUCCUUCAAGAUUUAAGAGAAAUAAACAAAAAAAUACAAGACAUGGGAUCUCUCCAACCAGGAAUGCCAUCCCCAACCAUGCUACCACAAGAUUGGCUCCUAACAGUACUGGAUAUUAAUGAUUGUUUUUUUCAAAUUCCCCUGCAUCCAGCUGAUGCACCAAGGUUUGCCUUUUCCAUCCCUACCAUUAACAGGGAAGCUCCAAUGAAACGAUACCACUGGACAGUAUUACCUCAGGGGAUGAAAGCCAGCCCCUUCAUCUGCCAGUGGUAUGUGGGGUCUUUGCUUUCCUCAGUGCAUGCAGAAAAGAGAGAGGCUAUGAUUUUGCAUUAUAUGGACGAUAUUUUAAUAUGCUGUCCUAAUAACAAUAUACUGAAAGACACCCUUGACCUAGUGGUUAAAGUUUUAACCUCUGCUGGAUUCCAAUUGCAGGAAGACAAAGUUCAAAGGAUGCCAUCUUGGAAAUAC